AUGGCGCAUCAGGGUCUAGCCGUUGACGACGUCGGGUUGCCGAUGGUCAUCGAUGGAGGACGACGUGGACUCGAGUCAAGCGUGCACCGCCCCUUAGCCGGGCUGUCCGAUAAGCCUGAACCGACUGAAUGUGGAAACGACGAAGACAUCGAGAAGAAGGCGUACCACGAGAUUGCUAGCCUGGUGUGGCAGAUCGUGGAAACCCUCCUCGAGAAGACACGACAACGCGCGCGUAACGGAACCAAGGAGAUAAACACCCGGGACCUCAACGCGAGAAUCGACAAGAUAAUCGAGAAAUCAAUUGAGAAAAACAUCGCCAAGGCGCUCCAACCUGCAGGACAAUCCCGGAACACGAUAACAUAG